AUGCAUCUACCUACCCAGCUGGCUCUGCUCCUUCUUUCCUAUACAGCCUGCACAUCGGCAGGUUUCUUCGGUGCUCGUGGGGGCAAUCGCGGCGGCAAUGACAUUCUCAACAAGGAGGCGAUGAAAGAAGCGCAUCCGCGAGACGACACGGCCACCCGGGCCUUCUCAGACACGUCCAUCCAGAGCAAAAGCGGCCAAUGUCUUUCCGUCGACCCUCGCUCCGGCGACUUUCGGGCCAACUUUACCCCCGUGCAGUUAAAGGACUGCAAUACUUCGUCUCGUCGUCAGCAAUGGGACAUUAUCACCUCGGGCGAGCAUAUCGACGAGCCCGGGUUCGUCCUUCUUGUCAGCACCCGCACGCAGGCUUGCUUCACUGCGGACCCCAGGCGAGAUCCUGGCUCGCAAAUCCACCUCUUCAGCUGCGGUGGCAGGGCUGAUGGCAGUGGUGACGUGUCCUCUUCGCAGUUGUUCGCCUCGGAUGGCCCUCUUGAUAACAUGCGUUUCUCUCCGCAGAAUGGACCAGGGUUCUGUCUCACUGCCAACGAGGACGUUGUCGAUAUUACAAGAUGCGACGCGCAAGACGACAGCCAGCGAUUCGUUGUCAAUGGUGGAAGUGUCUAG